AUGUUACCUUACCUGCAGUGGAUCAACUGAGACAGUUAGAGAGAAAGAGCAAGCCAGUGUGACAGACAGACAGAAAAGAAGACAAUUGACGCAAUAGCACGGGUCAGCAUGACCAAAUAAUCACCAGUUCCUUGGUAACUUAACAGAUCAAUCGCUUCCGUAAUUUGUGUUAAGGGUUGAACAAGUCAACAGACUUCAUAUGACUGUAAAGUUAUAACUGAAAGGACCGAAUCAAGACAACAAAGAUGGGAGACCUGAAAUGCAAAUGUCCAAAAGGAAAAUAUAUGCUUGCCAGUUGCAAUGCCACAUCGGAUAUAGUGUGUCAAUUCUGCCCACGGCGAACAUUUAUUGAUCAGGAAAACCAAAUGAGCCAGUGUCGAGCCUGCAGGCAGUGUUCCAGCACCAGCAAUAUGGAGAUGGUAAAGGAGUGUGAGGCAGACAAAAACACACAGUGCAGGUGUAAGCCGGGAUACUUCUGUACACAUAGUAGUGAAUCCCACUGCGAUUACUGCAGUCCGGUCUCCAUGUGUCCUCCAGGGAAUGGAGUUGCCUUUCAUCAUACGCUCCAGAAAGACACUGUGUGCAGACCCUGCCCAGAAGGAACCUACAGCGAUGUGCUGGACUACUUUUCCAGCUGCAAAAAUCAUACAAGUUGCGAUGACUUGGGUCGAGAACUGAAAGUUCCUGGGACUAGCAAAUCAGAUGUUGUGUGUGGAAAUUUUAAACCAUGUACCACAUCUUGUUCUUGGUUGUUACCUGCUAGUCUGUGGGCAGGGUUUGUGAUUACUGCCCUGAUUUUAUUUCUGAUCCUGUAUAUAAUUUAUUGGAGAAACAAACGUCAGUCAAAAAGAUUAGAGAUUUCUUUAAGCCACAUCUCGCCGGUGCUUCCUCCAGACAUCCUGAAAUACCCUGCAGACUGUGAUGUGGAGAAACAUGCAGAGCGUCAGCAGCUCACACAUUUAGAUAAAUUCACACAGCAUUCUAGAAUCCACACGGUACAGAUUAAAUACAGUUAGGAGAGUUUCGAAAUAAGCAAUAUCAAAUUUUAUGAUGACUUAAACUACGGUUUUGCGUCACUGUAUAAAUCAUUACGAAGUUUCCUCUGACCUCUUCUGAUCUUAUCAGCUCACAGACGAAAGGUACAAACCACAUACACGAUGUCUUACACUGCAUGUCAAAUAACCUAGAAGGUUUAGCUGUUUUGGCCUCCCACGACUCCCACACUCUUCUCCUGCUAUUAAUUUGUGGGGGCGAUGAAAUCUUUGAUGUCUGUACUAAACACGGGGUCUGUAUCACAUACUGUUGUAAAAAACAAUCAUACUGUGAAAACAGGUAGAAGUUCCGGUUUGUACAGUAAUCAGCUUUUCUGGUCUAGUCUUCUAAGACAAAUUUACAAGAAACUGUUUUUUUUAUUUUUAUCAUUCAGUGCUUUUGAAACAGAAAUGCUAAGACAGACCUAUCGUUUGAUCUACAAAAAACAGUAAUAUUUUGAAAUAUCAUAUUACUAUAAUUUAAAACAACUUUUCUAUUUGAAUAAAGUUACAAAUAUAUGAUUUAUUCUUGUGAUGGCAAUGCAUGCUGAAUUGUGCAUAUGUGAACAUAAUUCAUAUCAAUAAAGAGUUUACAUUUUUUCAGUUAAAAAAAAGGCACAAAAUAUUAUAUAUUGAGAUGUUUAGCCAAUCAAGUCAAGUCACCUUUAUUUGUACAGCACUUUAUACAGUACUGGUUGCGUCAAAGCAGCUUUACAGUGUCAAACAGGGAACAAUUUGUCGAUAAUGCAAGAACACAAUAACAGAGUCAUUUUUCCAGCUAAAGUCAGUUCACUGAUGAUUCAUUGAUGUCAUCAUCCAGUUCAGCUCUCUUUCAAUAGUGUCUGAGAAAUUAGUCAAGAGUCCACAAUUAAGCAAGCCAAAGGCAACAGUGGCAAGGAACCAAAACUCAAUUGGUGACUGAAAUGGAGAAAAAAACCUUGGGAGAAACCAGGCUCAGUCGGGGGACCAGUUCUCCUUUGGCCAGAUGAAACCAGUUAGGCAUGGUUUAAUUCCAGGCUGCAACACAGGUCAAAUUGUGCAGAGGACUUUUCUGGUUCCCGUGGUCUUGUGCAAUAAUUGUUGAGGUGAUGAGGUCUUCACAGGGGAUCUGUCUCUGGGGGCACAUCUAGUUGACAUGGUCUCUGCUGACAUUCAGGGGUGUAGAGGUCAUCUCUAGGUGCUGAUCCACCAUCAGGUCCCAGGACCUCUCGUACCCAAAGUGAGAAUCAUAC